AUGUCGGCCAGACAAAGCCCACUUGCUGCUCCGGGAAUCCCGCGACACGUGUCCCUUGAGAAUCCAGUCUCGCACCGUUUGUCGUUCGAGAUUCCGGCGACAGUAUCCGUCCGUUGCUCUAACGACCUCGACGACACGGAUUCCGUCUUCUCCCUCGCUCUCGAUUCCGACGUUCCGUCCGGUCCAUCUUCGCCGAAGCUUCCUCAAGCCUUGCUUCCUCGUCCGUCGUUCUCCCCGUCCCUCUUCGGAGCUCCUCACGCGGCUGCGCCUGCUGAUUUCGCAACCGCCGACCGUUUCGCAUCGACGAAUUUCGCAACAGCAGAUUUCGCGUCUACGACGUUCGCGAACGGUCAUCAUCAACUCGCGACGGCCAAUGUUACACCCGCUGCGGACACCGACUCGUCCGUUUCGUCCUCCUUCACCUCAGUCGACCUCGCUUCCGCGCGAACCUCCUCUAUAAGCACAUGCGGACAGCUACAGCAGCAGCUUAUAGCGGGGCCUAGAUCCGAUGACGUGGCGCAGCGCAUCGCGCCGCGGGAUGCGGGGGAUGCGGAAUCGGAGGCGACGGCGGUAGCCACGGCGGCAGUGGCGGGAAUCCCGCCGGGUGGUGCGCUAGCGGCGCAGGUGGAGCAGUUUUUGGCGCGAGCGGGGGAGGUGGAUCAGGAGUUACGCGAUCUGAAAGUGACUAUAGCGAGGCUGCUAGGGUUUGUGGACGACUACCGGCUAUUAUCGAGCAGAGAUGCAGUGGAGAAGCUUGCAGAGAGGAUGACGUCAGAGCUGGAUCGACUGCAAGGCACGGUGACAGGGAGCCUGAGAGACCUUAUCAGCGGCAGCUUUACAGGGGAGUCUGACAGGGUAAAUUACCCCAGAAAUGACCAGCACUCGGGCAGCCUGAGCAACAGUGGAAAACUCGGAAGCGGAGGGAGUGGGGGGGGAGGGGGUGUGGUGAGUAGGGUUGGAGGCCUGGGGGUGUGGCUAGGGUCGGGAAUUGGCAGCAUCGGGAUCAAUAGCAACAGUGGAAACAACAGCAGCGGCAGCAGUGGCAUCAGCAGCAGCAGCAGCAGCAGCAGCAGCAGCAGCAGCAGGGGAGCGGGAAAUGCGGCCAUGGGGCACAUCAGAGCGUCAGUGGCAGCAGCAAUGGUGGAGAAGCUAUGGCGGCGGCACAAGGAGGCUGGUGACGUGGCACUCAGAUUGAAUAUGGGAGUCCGGGAUACUGCCAGGCGAAGGUACACGGACGUUACCGGCUGUGCCCCUUCCAACGACUUGGUCGAGCAGCUCUGCUCGCCAGCCACCCCCGAGUGCCUGCUCUCCCGCCUCCUCUGCUCCUCCAUCUCCUCCCUCCCCUCCUUCCGCCCCUCCCAAUCCACCUCGGGAGUCGGAGGGAUCGAUGCUGACGUGGAACGGCUCGUGUCUGAGCUGGCGGCGCGUCAGCAGCUGUCAGCGCGGGUCGGCGACAGGCUGGCGCGGCUGCAGGAGGGGAUCCAGGAGCUUGUGUGGCUGUUGGAGAGCGGGAUAGGGAGCGAUGAGCUGGCGAAAGCGAGGAAGCGGAUUGCUUAUGUGGCUAUGGGGGGGGGAGGGGGAAAGACGUGGGGGAGGAGGACUGAAGGAGGGGGGAGGGGAGGGGAGGAAAUGGCACUGGUCGUGUGUGGUGCUUGUGGGAGUGCUGGUGGUGUCAUCACUGCUUGUUGUGCCUGCUACUGUGCUCUUGCUCAUGUUUGUCAAGUGACACACCCUUCUCCCCUGCUUCUCUGUCCUGCUUCCCUGUUUGCGCUGCUCUAUUCUGCUGCUCUCCCCUGCUGCUGUACCAAUGCCCAUGCUUAUCAAACGGAAGCUGCUUUUAACGUGGUUUGA